GACCACACGCGAAGUCGUCAUCGGAAUUCACUCGGAACGGCGGAACCCCGGAUAAAUAUAUGUCCGACAAUAAUUUCUGGCCAUCGUACCCGCGCGCGCAUCGCGUCCGCCCAUUGCUUGCUGGCUGGCUUCUUGUUGCCUCCCUUGUCUAUCCCACCUGUCCUCUCGAUGCUCAGUCGUCGCCUCCUCAUAUCGCCGUCUCAGCCACGCGUUGCCCCCGUCCGGCUCACAUGCACUUCCCGUCUCAAUCGCCCACGAGCCUCGGGGCGAUGCUUUAGUCGCAAAGCCUUGCUCCCAGAGCAGGAGAAACCUGAAGACAAUAGCAAUGCCAAGCAGGACGUCGACACGGCACAGAAGAGCCAUCUCGCUGAAGCCCCACCCAAAAGCAAAACAAAGCGGAGAAGGCCAUCGCCGGUGGUGCGAUCGCCUGUAAAACCACGAUAUGUGCAUAGCGAGUCUACACUCAAUGAGAACCGCCCAUUGGGUUUGAAGGAGGCUUUGUUGCAAAAUUCCGCGCGAGGUACACUGAAACAUGGAAUCAAGUCCAGCGGUUCGCUGCGAGAUUCACUCCAAAUUCGAUACAUAAACCCCCAAGAUCUGGAAUUCAAACCAGUCGACGUCGAGAUCCCUCCCGUUCCCAUGCUCGCGUACGGGCUGGACCGUGUUCUGUUCAACCCCGGCGUCUAUCGCCUCCAAGAUCCGCGCUCACGAGUGUACAACUUCGAUCCAUAUCUGGAGAAAAUCAUGAACGUCAAUGAGUUUGAUUUUGACGCUCUGGAGGAGUACAAGACAUCCUCGCAGGAUCCCGAUCUUCUUGCCAUCACAAAGCGCUUAGGCACCAAGUUCACUGGAUCCACUUCUAGCAUGUCAGGCAUCUUGCAACAUUUCCACUACCUACUUUCGAAUACCCGCAGUCUUAACCAUGAUAUGCUAUCCCGCACUUUCCCCAGUCCUUCGGCUAGAUUUUCAAAGAUCAGCCUGGGGCCUAAUGCCGCCUUUCUCCGAUGGAAAGAUGGCGUGUAUGCCAUCGACGCAGAUAAAAGCUACGACACACCCAACAUCAUGAGCUGGCUGGGCCAUUCAUUAGAGAAGCUUUUAACCACCGAAAAAGACGACUUUGAACGUUACCGAAGGUCUAACCCUGAGAAAGCUCCUCCGGAGAUGGGUGGUCGGUGUUUUCAUUACUCCACUCAGGGUAACUUUCUCAUGCGUUCACAGCUAGACGCAGUUGACCCUCGCCUCCCCGGUACCGGCAUUUUUGACUUGAAAACACGUGCCGUGGUUUCCAUUCGCAUGGAUCAUCAGAAUCACGAGAAAGGUACAGGCUACCAGCUUCGCUACGAUCGAGGCGAAUGGGAAUCGUAUGAACGGGAAUUCUACGAUAUGACUCGAGCUACCAUGCUCAAAUACUCACUGCAGGUUCGAAUGGGACGUAUGGACGGCAUUUUUGUAGCAUAUCAUAACAUUGAACGAAUGUUUGGCUUCCAGUAUCUUAGCUUAUCGGAUAUGGAUCUCGUCCUACAUGGCCAGAACGACACAUGCCUUGGUGACCAAGAAUUCAAGCUCAGUAUCAACCUUCUGGAUGAGGUGAUGCAGAAAGCAACCGAGAGGUUUCCGAAGCAGACUCUUCGCUUCCAUUUCUACAAUAAGGGUGGAAGAUCACAAUUCAUGUACAUCUUUGCAGAGCCCAUGUCAGACGAGCAAGCCGAUGAGAUACAGGCAUCCAACAAAGCUCUCAGUCAGAAAUUCGAGCGAGAGGUCAUCGGUGUUGGCCGAUCGGGUUCUGACGAGGGUGAAUUACAGGCAGAGUGGCAAGACAUACAGGACCGUGUGAACGAAGAGGUAGAAGAUGACCAGAACGCGCCACCGGCCUCCAACUUCAAGGAGGAUGCAGCUAACGGCCCUGCUAUCGAGAUCAAACAGCCACAAGACGGCGAAGAAAGCCCGGAGGGGCGAUCCGAUAAAGACGAAACAGAAGAAGACGAGCCAGAAGAAGACGAAGUAAAGGUGGACGAAGCAGAGACAGUCGGGUCAACCAAGAACUCAAAGGCAGACCCCAAGCUCUCUAAAACCUCGAAACCAGCCUCAACCGGGCCCCUCGCUGGGUGGACACUAGCGAUCAGGAACAAAGUCAACGGAGAUUAUGUGACGCGGCCUGAAAAUCUAGGACCUGAAGAUAAUUGGUCAGUCGAAUAUCAUUUCAACGAAUUGUCUCAGGAUAGCGUGUGGAUGCUGUACAACAAAGUCAAACUCGAACGGGAGAAUUUGAUCGGGGAGCAGCGUGCUGCAGACCGUAUAGGCUUGGAAUUCUACCGGAGAAUUAUCCACAAGUACAGUAAAGGGGGCCGACAGUGGAGGGCGGAACAAGACGUCAUCGACAAGGAAUUGGGCCAGAGGGUAUAUGAACCCCUUGGCCCAGGCUCAGAUGGCUAUGAGAGUGGCAGAGACAGCUGA